AGCACAAGACAUGAAUUUCACAUCGGACUUGUGAUCCUAAGUCUUAACUACUCCCUCCGUCGCGCUAUAUUCGUCCAGUUUUGACUUUUGGAACUGUUCAUUUAAGCACUUUGACUCAUCAAAUUCUCUCAAUGUGUAAGCCUAAAUAUAGUCAUGUGUGAUCUUGUUUGAUUUGUCUUAACAUAUAGAUUAUUAAUAUAUAAUUUCUAUAAUUUUUUAAUAUACAAAUUACAAGAUAAAAUGGAUUAAAUAAGUGCAUUGGAUGAUUGCUCGUAAUGAAAUCUGGUGGGAGAUCUUGAUUAGAAUAUAGGGGCAUGGGAGAUCUGGAGAAGAGAGAUUCGGAGCGUCCGAAUGGAGACACGGCGGCGGCGGGAGAGGAGGAAAUCGUUAGGGUGGAGAAUAGGGUUGCGGAGUUAGACCGGAAGAUUAUCGAAGAAAGUGUUGACGGAUUGGAGGGAUCGGCGGCCCAGCUUCCGCUGGCGGCGGCCGCGGCGGUUCCCGUGGCCUUUGCAGCCGUCGUGAUCGUUUACUAUUUCAGGAAUGGUUUAAUAUUUUCUGAAAAGGAUGACUGCGGUGCAGCAGGGGAAAAGGCCAGGCCAAUGAAAGCUGUUGAAACUGCGACAACUCGUGAAUAUACAAAACGAAAUGCAACCGCGGCGGAGUGAGAGUACUUUACAAAUUGAUGAGCCUACUUUUUCCUCUCUCUCUAUCUCUUGAACGUAGCCGUUCCGUUCAUCUCCCUUCCUCCUCGUGAUUCGUGCGACCGGAGAAUUACCAUCAUCAUAACCUCCCCCCACCACCCCAAACCCAAAUUAAUGAAACACAGUAGAAAAAGAAGAAAUCACAUUCUUAAAAGCCACAGAUAUCAUCAGACAAUUCACAACUAACUCCUCUGCCCCUUGAGAGUGACUCAAGUUGGGCGCACUCUUAAUAUUGUCUCCUCUCUCUCUCUCUCUCUCUCUCUCUAAGCCUCCUUAGGGUUUUGAAUCCGUUUGCAAUGGCGUUGAAUCUACAGCUAUUCCGUGGGUGGCCUUCAAUCCCAAACAGGCCAGCAGCAGAAACACAUGCAACCGAAAUCACAAGUCUUUUAAUACCAGAAAAUGGAAGAACAUGGAGGAGGGUUCUUGGACUCUUUUACUGUAACAUGUAGACUGACAAGUACAUGGUUACUGCGUAGGGAAUGAAGCCAUCGGUCCGUCAAGAACGUUAAUAGUUGUAUCAUAUCAACUUUUUUCUUUCGUUUGAAUUUGCCCUUCAAUGAAUUUUGGUUUUUGUUUUUUGGAGAUUAUGCAUUCGUGGUUUUGCCCACGGGUUGGUUUGCAUGGGGUUUUUUACAGAAUGUUUUUGUCAAACUUACAAGGUUAAAAAGAUUGUGGCCAGUUGCAGCCUCCCAACCAUACCCCUACCUCUUUAUUUAUUAAAGUGUUUUAUUAGGG